AUGGCUGAGUUGGUCGGUCUUGCGGCUAGUAUCGUCGGUCUCGCAGGGGCUGCUGCUACCGUAUCACCAACGCUUUAUGACUUCGUCGGAACCGUCAGAUACGCAAAAGAGGAACUCAACGCCUUAGCCAUCGAAGCACCGGAUUUUUCCACAGUCUUAGAUCACCUCAGUGCCGUCUUGAAUCAAAACGGGGACUGCAUCAUCUCGAAAACGGUCGAAACAAUAGAUACGCUCAUCAAGCGUUGUGAGCGUCUUCUCGAAGAGUUUAGUCUGACUAUCGAUAUAGUCUAA